UGCAGUAGCUUCUGUUAGCUCAAUGCCAUUUCUGGCUUGCUUGUGAUUCAUGUUUUGUUAGCUAAUCUAGCGAACAGAACUCGACCGGUUGAAGUAAUUUCCAGAUGAUCAUGUGUGCUUAAAACAGUUGGGACGCCACUCCUAGCAGUAAGGGAGGAUGGCACACAGACAAACCCUGCCUGAGCUGUCCCGGAGGACAGGGGACCUGGAGCCAGAUAAUGAAUCCGACAGGGACUCUGGAGUUGGGGAUGAGACAGGAGAGGAUGCUGACAGUUGUCAUGGAAACACGGAGGAGGAGAAAGCUGGGAAGCAAGAUGGCAUGGAUGAACACAGCGGGGAAGGAGAAGAUUUUACAGUCUUUAUUGCAUUUCAAGGAAAUAUGGAUGAUGAGGACUUCAGCCACAAACUUGAAACUGUCCUCAGUGGGAUACCCAGUGUGCUUGAUAUGGACUCUGAAAGACUACAGCCACAUCAUGUGGAACCGUGGAAUAGCGUGCGAGUUACCUUCAACAUUCCCCGGGAUGCUGCUGAGCGACUCCGACUGUUGGCUCAGAACAACCAGCAGCAGCUCAGAGAUCUGGGAAUUCUCUCUGUACAGAUAGAAGGUGAAGGGGCCAUCAAUGUGGCUGUGGGACCAAAUAGAGGACAAGAAAUCAGGGUUAAUGGACCAAUCGGUGCACCUGGCCAGAUGAGGAUGGAUGUUGGCUUUCCUGGUCAGCCUGGUCCAGCUGGAGUACGGAUGGCAAAUCCAGGGAUGGUCCCUCCAGGGCCGGGUAUGGUUAGUCAGACCAUGUUACCGGGCAGCAGCGGACAGAUGCAUCCCCGUCUGCAGAGACCAGCUUCACAAACAGAUGUUAUGGAUCCAAUGAUGCCAGGGAUGCCCGUUCAACAGCAGCAACAACUUCAGCACCAGCAACCUGGUGCUCAUGGCUCUGGCCAAAUGCCUCCUCAGGCUGCUCAUCACAUGCAGGCUCUGCAGGUCGGGAGACCCCUCAACCCCGCCACACUGCAGCAGCUACAACAACAACAUCACCAGCAGCAACAGGCCCAGCAGCAGGCUCAGCUCUCCCAGCUUGGACCGAGACCUCCGUUCAACCCGUCCGGUCAGAUGCCUGUGCCUCCAGGUUGGAACCAGUUGUCCUCUGGAGUGCUGCAGCCACCAGCUGCUCAGGGAGGUCCUGCCUGGAGAAAGCCCCCACCCCAAGCCCAGAUGGUUCCACGUCCACCCUCCCUUGCUACGGUUCAAACACCAAAUCAUCCUCCACCACCGUAUCCGUUUGGCAGCCAACAGGCUGGACAAGUAUUCAACACCAUGGGACAAGGACAAUUGCAGCAACAGCAGCAGACAGGAAUGGGCCAGUUUGCUGCUCCUCAGCCCAAAGGCCAGCAGGCAGGCCCUGGUGUUGUCACAGGACCACCCCGACCUCCUCCACCUCUUCCAUCAACUUCCGGGCCUCAGGGCAACCUCACCGCCAAGUCCCCCGGCUCAUCUUCAUCCCCCUUUCAGCAGGGUUCACCAGGUACGCCGCCGAUGAUGGCUCAGAGACCCACAACUCCACAAGGCUUCCCCCAAGGUGUAGGUUCACCAGGGAGAGCAGCCCUUGGCCAACAGGGCAACAUGCAGCAAGGAUUCAUGGGAAUGCCUCAGCAUGGACAGCCUGGCAUGCCAAAGCGUCCUAUGGGCUUUCCAAAUCCAAACUUUGUUCAAGGUCAGGUGAGUGCCAGCACUCCAGGAACCCCUGGAGGAGCAGCUGGUCAGCAGCUACAGAGCAGCCAGGCUAUGACUCACACAGGUGCUCAACCAUCCGCAUCCACACCAAACUCAAUGCAAGGACCACCCCAUGCCCCACCCAAUGUCAUGGGUGUACAAAGUAACAUGGCAGGUCCAACCCCUGGCACCACUGCUGGGCCGAGUAUGGGCCAACAACAGCCUGGCCUUCAGACCCAGAUGAUGAGCCUCCAGCAUCAGGCCCAGCCUGUGUCCUCCUCCCCCAGCCAGAUGGUUCAAGGCCAGGGUGGAGGUCAGACCGUCCUCUCAAGGCCCCACAGUCAAGGGCAGAGAGGAGGGAUGACCCCACCCAAGCAAAUGAUGCCUCAACAAGGCCAGGGGGUGAUGCAUGGGCAGGGUCAGAUGGUUGGAGGCCAAGGGCAUCAGGCCAUGCUCCUGCAGCAGCAGCAGCAGCAACAACAAAACUCGAUGAUGGAACAAAUGGUGGCCAACCAAAUGCAAGGCAACAAGCAGGCAUUUGGAGGCAAGAUCCCAGCUGGGGUGAUGCCUGGCCAGAUGAUGCGGGGCCCAUCCCCAAACAUGCCAGGUAACAUGGCUCAGUUCCAGGGGCAAGUUGGCCCACAGCAGAUGACCCCACAACAGCAGCAGCAAAUGGCUCAACUUCAGCAGCAGCAGUUACAACAGCAGCAACAGCAUCAGCUGCAACAGCAACAACUUCAGCAACAGCAGCAGCAGCACCAACAGAUGAAUCAGCAGCAACCCCAGCAAGUCCCUAUUGCUGGCAACCCUAAUCAAGCUAUGGGCGUGCACACACAACAGAUGAGACUUCCUGCUGGUCAUCCACUCAUUCAACAACAGUUACAGCAGCAGCAGUUACAGCAGCAGCAGAAGCAACAACAGGCCAUGUUGCAGCAACAGCAGCAGCAACAACAACAACAACAACAACAGCAGCAGCAGCAGCAGCAGCAACAACAACAGCAGCAGCAGCAGCAACAACAGCAACAACAACAAGUAGCUCAGCAGCACCCACAUGCUAUGGGAGAUCCAAAUGGUGGGCCUGGAGAAUUAGGUGUUCAACAAAUGGUACCUGACAUGCAGGCACAGCAGCAGCAAGGCAUGAUGGGAGGCCCUCAGCACAUGCAGAUGGGAAAUGGGCACUUUGCAGGUCAUGGCAUGAACUUCAACUCACAGUUCCCAGGUCAGAUGCCAAUGGGAGGACCCUGUGGACAACCUGGGGGAUUUCCUGUCAGCAAGGAUGUCACAUUAACUAGUCCACUGCUAGUCAAUCUGCUACAGAGUGAUAUCUCAGCCAGCCAGUUUGGACCAGGAGGAAAACAGGGACCCGGUGGUGCAAGUCCAGCAAAACCCAAAAAGAAGAAACCAGCACGGAAGAAAAAACCUAAAGAAGGGGAAGGACAGCAGCAAGCAGAGGGUCUUGGCGGUCUUGAUGUGACAGCUGGCAUGGAGGAUACCGAACUGUCAAAUCUGGGCGGUGAGCAGAGUUUGGGCUUAGACAACUCUGGCCAGAAACUACCUGAUUUUGUUAACAGACCUGCAGGUUUUCCUGCUCAAGCUGGAGACCAGAGAGUAUUGCAACAGGUACCCAUGCAGUUUAUGCAACAGCAGCAGCAGCAGCAGCAACAACAGCAGCAGCAACAACAACAACAACAGCAACAACAGCAGCAGCAGCAGCAGCAACAACAACAGCAACUGCAGCACAUGCAACAGCAGCAGAUGCAGCAACAACAAAUGCAGCAUCAGCAGCAAAUGCAACAAAUACAACAACAACAGAUACAACAGCAGCAGCAACAGUUACAACUGCAGCAGCAGCAGCAGAUGCAACAAAUGCAACAAAUGCAGGGUCUCCAAAAUGCUCAGGCUCAGCAAGGGAUGGUAGCCCCGCCGAACUCAGGCCAAGGCCAGCCCCAAAUGCACCCUCAUCAACUGCAACAGCAACAGCAGCCACAGCAGCAACAGCAAGCUCCACAGCCUCACCUGCAACAGCAGCAACAACAGCAGCAGCAACAGCAGAUGAUGAUGAUGCUCAAGAUGCAGCAAGAGCAGGCAAAGAAUCGCAUGCCCCUCCCUCCAGGAGGGCAGCUCCCUCCUCGAGGCAUGGUGAACCCCCCCGAGGUUCAGAGACACCCUGUUUCACAGCAAGGUAACAUGCCUGUAAUGAUCAACCUUCAAGGACAUGGAGGGGUACCACCGUCACCUGACAAAGCUAGAACAAUUCCUCUUAUGGUAAAUCCACAGCUUGCAGGAGCUGCUCGAAGAAUGUCUCAUCCAGACGUAGGGCAGGCUACCCAAGGCCCGGGACCUGAAGAGGCUACUGCAGUCGCCCAACCCAAACAGGACAGGCCCGGUGGCCCCGAAAUGGGGGUGCAGCCUGGAAAUGGAACCCAGCAGAUUAUGACUUCUCAGGGUUCCAACACUCACAUGAUAAAGCAAGGACCUGGGCCAACACAAAUGCCCCAGCACACUGGAGCCAGUCCCCAGCAACAGUUAACCACUCAACCUCAGCAGGGAGGCCCAAUGCCAGGCCUUCAUUUCCCAAAUGUACCAACAACCUCGCAGAGCUCAAGGCCUAAAACCCCAAACAGAGCCAGCCCCAGACCAUACCACCAUCCCCUCACGCCAACUAAUCGUCCACCCAGUACUGAGCCCUCUGAAAUCAACCUUUCACCAGAGAGGCUGAACGCCUCCAUUGCUGGACUCUUUCCUCCAAAAAUCAACAUUCCCUUGCCUCCUCGGCAGCCAAACCUAACACGAGGAUUUGACCAACAAGGCCUUAACCCAACAACCCUAAAAGCCAUCGGGCAAGCUCCCCCUAGCUUAAACCUCCCAGGCAACAACAACAACAAUGGUAAUACAAGUGGAAACAAUGCUAACAACAGUCAGCAGCCAUUCUCUGCUGUACCUGGUGCAGGUGUGGCAGGUGUUAAGCAGGACAAACAGCCUGGAGCACAGGGCAAGAGAGCAAGUCCCAGCAAUAGCCGACGGUCAAGUCCGGCUUCUAGUCGCAAGUCAGCUACACCAAGUCCAGGAAGACAAAAGGGGGCGAAACUGGCUGUCACUUGCCCUACUCCUCAGCAUCAGUUGGUCAACCCACAGGGGCAGACAAUGAUGCUGAGUCCCUCGUCGGUACCUCCAAGUCCAGUAUCUCUGCCUUCACAAGUGAGUGGCGGUGUGGAUGCACAACAAACCCAGAGCACAAUCCAUGGAAUUCCAAGUAAUCCUGCUGAUGGAGUCCGGGAAAAUAUGCCAAUGAUGGCACCGGAACAACGUCAAGUCCCCCAAGUUCAACCCCAGCCGCAGGCUUUGAGGGAGUUGUCAGCUCCCAGAAUGGCAAGUCCUCGUCUGCCUGUGCCUCAGCAGCCUAAACCUGAUGUAGAAGUGCAGACUGGCACUGUUGAGAGGCAACAAGCACACCCAACACCUGUGCAGGACUCCGAGGUUUCACCUGCUCUACGAGUGGCUCCAACAUCCCUCAACCAGUUACUGGACAACGCAGGUGUUCCAACCAUGGCCCUGCGGCCUGUACAGAGUAAUACAGUUAGAGACGUUAUGGGGAAGGACAGUCCAAAGUCUGCAUUAGACUCAGACAGGCCACCUUCCAGCAAUUCGCAAACUACAGAUAUGUCGACUCCUGUCGUUUCUACUUCCACUGUCACUGAAACAGAAACCAAACCCAAACCUACCGUUUCAUUUCCUACUAGUAAUCCUAACUUGCAGCCUUCUUCAAUUCCCAGCUCACACCCACCCACUAACGUGAUCUCCACUACUUCGCUCAGCCUUACUCAAAACCCCAACUCCACUCUGCGUGUCAGCCAAAGUCCCAGUAUAAAUUUAACGCCUGCCCUCUGCAGUACCGUCAACACCAACACUAAUACCACCCCAAGUGUAAGUCCCAGCCCAGUCAUCUCUGGUCAGAAUGGCUCAGUCUCUAUUGUUAGCACUAGUUCAGGACCCAGCCCUGUUGUAAAUCCAGUUAAUACACUUUUAAAACCAAGUCCUGGUCCUAAACCUGUGACAAGUGUUCACUCAGUCAUACAGAUCCCCUCCUCUUCCACCACUAUUUCCCCAAGCCAAAUUACUGUGUUUGUAACCUCGAACCCCAUCACUUCUGCCCCCACCCAGCAGGCUCCCACAUCAGCCACCAUGGUGGCUGUCGCUAGCAAGAACAUAAGACCUCAGGACAUCCGGCAACAGAGCCCCGUACCCCGACCUCAGUUCAUCACCACCACCCCUGUAUUUAUUAACCCCAUUUUCCAGGUGCCGGGUGUUUCUGUCGCACCCAAUACAACAGUGGUAUCCCAGCCCGUCACUAUGAUGGGAUCUAUUCAGAUGUCCACUACAAACAUUCAGCUUUCUCCAGUUCCAAGCAGCACCGUUUCUACCGCUGCUAACAUGACCAGCACUCAGACCUCGAGAAGUGCUACUGGACCAGUCCAUAUUACCACAAGCAUGUCAUCCUCUUCAUCAUCAUCACCUUCCCCUGUUGGCUCUCUCAUAACUACUCAGCAGAUUAGUACAGGGCCAAUCAAAGCGGAAAGCUCCAGCGAGGUAUCUUCUACUCAGAAAUCUGCUCUCCCUAUCCGGCAGCCUUCUCCCCACCCAAGUCCUUCAGCUUCAUCUUCCUUUCAACCACCUCUGGCUUCCCCUCCUCCUUGUUCCAGUCCUGGAGCUGUUAAUACUGUCCGAAAAAGCCCUGUGUCUCCUUCCCCAACUGCUCAGCUGAAGGGUAAGCCUGCCCAGGCUGCUGUAGCGGUUUCUGGUGCCCCUGACACACAGCCAAGUGCCGUAGAAAGACCUGCACAGGUGCAUCCAGGAGCUGUACUCCAGCAGGUCUUUAUUCCACCUGCUAGUCCAGCCGUUCAGACUGAAACACCAGUUCCUCAUGUCACUGCUGCUGCUCCAAACAGCAUCACUCUCCCAGCAGUCUCAUCACCAGUCACGAUUUCUGUCCAAGUCAGUGUUCCAAAUCAAAUUGUAAGCCAGGCUCCAGUUCUUGCUUCAGCUCCGGCCCCAAACCCAGCUCUGGCUGCGACUCCCCAAGCUCCCAUUGUCACUGUAGUCGCACCAACCACCGCUGUCUCUACUCCUGCCUUGCUCUCCACGGUCCCUCCUGUGCAAAGUCCCGUACCGUCCGUCGUCCCGAUAGUGGUCGUACCUGCACCUGUUGCGGAGGCUCCUCACGCCGCACCUUCUUCCAGUGCUAACACCAGCGUGGCUCCGCCAGGCCAGUCUGACCCUCCAUCUGUGGAACCCGCCAUCCCACCAGCAGCAGCACCGGCUGAAACCGUUCAAACCACCCCAGUACCUACUGAACCAGAAGCUUUGCAGUCACAGGAACCUGCCACUGAGAAGACAGGUGAAGAGCCAUCGGCAGGUUCUGAGCAGGGAUGGGCAAAGAAAAGAAAGACGCCCAUCAACUUAGCCCCAAGAGCUGCUGUGGAGAAGCCCAAGGGUCCGAGCAGACGUAGCUCCCGGGCGGAGAAAGAAGUGGAGGAGGAGCCAGUAGCGGACAGCGGCAUGAGGAAGAGGUCAGCCAGGCCUGGAACCAGCGCAGCUGUAAAAGCAGAAACUGCAGCGAGUCCCACCCAGGCCAAACGAAGGAAAUCUAAAUAGGCACAACUGUUGUGGUAACCUGUGAACUGUACUGUAAAUGUUUUCUUUUCUGCUGUGAAUCAAUGAAUAUUGGUUUCCCUCACCCAGAGUAUGAUUUUUUUUUUUUUUUAAAGGGGGGAUGGGAAGUAAACCAUGUACAGAUCAUUUGAGACAGAGUGGUGUUAGCUGUGUCCUCGUCAUCAUGUGAGACUGUAGUUAGGAUGUGUGCAUACAUUUUGUGUGAAUGUGCUUUUUAUAUUACAUGCUGGAUUAAUCAUGUGAAGACUGAUGAAUAAGCUUGUCAUGACAGUGUAAUUAUGUUGUAAAACUGAAAUAAAUUUUCUACUGCUUU